AUGGCUUGGCCAAACAAGACGCAAGGUUUUUCGUGUGACCUUGGACAGAGAACGUUUGGCUAUAAGUUGCGUUUCAAGAAUUUUGAAUUCAAAGGAAUCAUGUGUAGCCACUCUCUACGUGUAUUUCAUGAAGAGGAGUUGCAUUAUGUUCCAGAGAGAUACAUUCUAGACCGAUGGAGAAAAGAUUUGCCUAGGGAACAUUUAAAGGUUCCGGUUCCUUACUAUUCUUUGCUUAAAAAGAAGCCUGAGGAGAUGAAAAGGUAUGAAAAAAUGCGUAGUACUUUUGAACCCAUCUCAACAAAAGCAAUGUCAAACAAUGCAGUUUAUGAUGAAGUGAUGAACGCCCUUUCUAACUUGAAUUUGAAGUCGCAAUCCAACAUCGAUUGUGGUCAUGGGCUCAUGUCACAAAAUUUGAACAACGUUGGCAAAGUCUAUGGUAGGAGAACAACUCAAACCACUCAUGAAAGUGUUGAGUUGGAUGAAAAUGAUACCGCAAACAACCACCUUGAACCGGUGACUUAUCCUAGCGAUCGAAGAGGUAGAGGUAGACCGCCAACUAAGCGGAAGAGCUAUGAUAAUGAUCAUGACCGCACUGGGAAAAGAGCAAAAAAGUCAUCAAACGUUUCUAAUAUUCCUAAUACUCCCCUGCCUAAUUUUGUUUGA